GGCAACUAUCAAAUUAGCUGCAAGUCCCUGUCUGUUCCCUUCCUAGUAAUACUCUGUAUGUUCAAGGUAUGUCCAAGGUAUGUCCAAGGUAUGUCCAAGGUAAGCAUUCCCAGACCUCAACCCCACCUGCCUUCUUUCUCACGACCCUUUCUUUUCUUUUCUUUUCCUCCACGUCACUCAAGUCAGUCACUCAACUUACGCAGUCACUCAUUCGUCCAUCCGUUCACUUAUUCAUCCGUCGCUCCCUUCACCGACGACAGAAAUCAAUACAUACAUAUCCGUGCAGUCUACGUUCACGGAGGACUGAUCGCACUGGGCAUAUGUCGUAUUAAUAUGCAACUGUCACCGACUGCAUACACAAAGCCGUGAAUCCUUGCUUGAAGUUGCUUAACCACGCAUGUUGUCAUCCACUGCCUUGGAACCAGAAAGGAAGAGGGCUGUGAUUGAUGAUUGAUUGAUGAUUGAUUGAUAGCUUACCUUGCCUACUAGGUACUUACAUACUUAUAUGCUGCACCACCACCGCAAAUCUGCAACUCUCAUUGCAGGAUUGUGGGAUUCGGAAAUCUUUCCGAACGUUAAUACCUCUUGUAUAUGCCAUUUUGCUCGCACAAGUACUUCCAUUGCACUUGUUUGGCCACCUUAUUCUUACUUCAACGUUCUUCUUAUGCAGCUCCCCGCAUACCAGGUUGUCAUCAUAACUGGCUCCUCAUUUAUAUCCAUUUCUAUUGCUUCUCCCAUUUAUUUUCUGCUAUACCUAAUCGCGUUUGCUGCAUGCUGAUCGAUCUGAUGACCAUUAAUAAACUACUACGCAAUAGAUUUUCUUUUCAGUUCCAAGAUGCCUUCAAUAUCUUCCCUCCUGAAGCAUAGAAGCGAAAGUCAAAAUGAAAACCGCAUGAGCUUGAGUUUGAGCGUGACUCCGGAGAAGUUACAAAGAAAAUCGAAGCGCAACUUCUUUCGAAACCUUUUCAAAAUCUCUAGCUUCUCCUCCAAAGACAAGCCGGGGAAGGAGCAGUCCGUGACAAUCCCAAUGCAAACUCCUCCAACCAACCCCUCAAGUCCCAUGUCGAAUCAUAAUAAACCUCUUCCGCCGCCACCACCUUCAAUUAAGGAAUCUGCCUCUUCGGAAGGGAUAUCCUCUAGACCUUACAAGAAACUGGAUAGGAUAAUUUCACCUCUUACGGAUCAAGAGCUUCGCGAACUAUUCUCAGGAGCUCCCCAGUUCUAUGCACGUUCCGAAGGGCAUCAUACAGGCGCACCGUAUCCUAAGAUAGCUUUCCCUUGGGACUCAAGUUUGCAGAUACGAGAUCUAUCCGAUCAUGUGCAAAUACAAGACGAGGCAUGGGGUUGUAUCACAGCGUGGCCGCAUAUCACGAGAGAAGCCCCGAUAAGCCUGGAAGGUGUGAAAGCUACUGGAAAGCGUCGUGCCUAUUUUAUACCACGAUGUCGGGAACGACCGAACAUGCUCAGUUUACAGGGCAUUGAAAAGGGAACUAUAGGGUACCAAGCGGCUUUGGAGUUAGGUGUAGCCGAUGCGUUAAAAGAGCCCGAAGAGAUACAGCCUGAUUCCGGGCCUUAUUCACUUUUCUAUAGGCGGAGGGGAUUCGCAAAUGGCAAGGAUGGAAUAAGACCUCUCGAUGAGUCUGCUGUCUACGAACAUCUCAUGGAUAUCGGUGUCUCUUACCACGAGGAUCAAAUGCAUAGCCGCUCUACUGUCGAGUUGUAUUCCGAACUAUUCACACAGAUUCUGUUUCCACCUUCUAGAGUUACCGAUACAGAUGAUCCUUAUAGUCUGCAGGUCCAAAUAGAGGUUCUUGUGAAGGUCUUAGCUGAACCUAAUAUUUGGGUUGAUUUUAGCUUUGUAGAGUGGAGAAUUCGUCUUGGACAGAUACUAUGGGGCCAGCAACUCGAAAGUGAUCUAGGAGACGGCACCUCUAACAAUAGUGAAUUCACUAAUGAAUCUGAGGAUCAGAAGUAUUGGCUGUUGUUGCAAAUACUACUUUCGUGUGAGUUGUUAGUACGACUUGAUACAGUGUCUCAGAAUAUCGAUAAUGGUCUUGAGCCCGCUAAGCCCGCUGAUGUCAAGAAGCUCGAAAAAAGCAUGACGCCCAGUGUUAAGUGGUCACUUAUCUUAGCUCGAUCCUGGCUCGAAAACAUUCGCAUUGAACAAAAUAUCUCCGAAGUUAUUCCAGAGAGGAAAGCUUCAGGGUGGUUGGCAUCGUUAACUGGAACAUCAGCCUCCGCUGAAAAUAGUGCACCGCCUGAAAGUGUUCAAACAUAUCAAUUUCGUGGGAGAAAUGAGACUCGACAAUUAGCCGGACUAUUACACUUUGCAAAAAAAUUAAAAUGGCCCCAUUUGGAUGAAUUGAACGCAAAGGUCUCGUCAAAUGAUAUAUACAUCUCCGAUAGUAUUCAAAAUACACCAUCUACUGGAACACCCAUGUCGGCUUCAACACAAAAAACUUCCUAUUUCAUGAGUCAACGGCCUAUUCCGCGACGAGGCCUAUCAAGAUCAACACAGAGAAUGUCUGCUCUGAUAAAUUCUUCUGGUUGGCUGUCAAAUUCUUACAUUAGUGGCCUGAUGCUCCCCGGUGAAGGUCUAAGCCAUUUUUUAAUCUCAACAUUAUUAGAAAACGAUGAUGCUGCAGUUGAAAAAUUGGGUGACGAGGCCAAUCUGUACGGUGGGUUUGUAUUCGGCCAAAGAAGCUUUUGGAGCACAGCUUGUAUAAUUGGUCGAGUCUUGGCCGCUGGUAGAAACUCGUCUGAAUGUAUGGGAUGGAUAUCGUCGGAUGUCAAACCAAGAGGAAUCUCUGGCGAGGCUUGGGUUAAUAUAGAUGUAGAAACAGCAUCACUGGAAGCGAUAGAUGCUACCACAGAAAUCCCUAGAAUCCUUCAGAAAGCCGACGUUGAAAGAGAUGGAAGUGUUAUUGGUGGGGCAGAUCCUUUAUCAAUACUUCCGGGUGAUUUUGUCGCAGUCUACGAUUCCCCGACAUUGCAUCCUCCAUCGAUAACUUUCGAGUCAUUAGAUCUUUUCGCCGUUGAUUCAGAUGAGACAACCCCUACUGAAGAAGAGCCAACCCCCCAGACAGAAAUAACAACAGUGCCGAGUAUCAAAACAUACUCUGCAAUGAUGAGAUUUUUAUUAAGUCUCGAUGGAGACGAUAAGAAGGAAAUCAAUGUUGCUCUGACCCAUGAUGUUCAUUUUGUCACCGCUCAUCCAUGUGUAAAAUCUCACAGUAUCGAAGUCUUGAAGUCUCCUACAAGUCCAUUGUUCCAACAAAACGGUGAUGAAAGCGGUCAAAUUCCCAAUCCGAAUAUGGGUCACCCCCUUCACAAAGCUUUCACAUACGCAAUCAUACCUCUUCACCAUAUCCUCACAUCCCCAGCAUCGAAAUCUCUUUCAUCUCUACUUGUCUCACCACCGAGAUCACCAGUCGAAGGAGGUUAUUCGGCAACUAUACAGGCUAGUACUCAUACUACUACAAGUAAUAUCCCGAAAGUUUUGGUGAUAGAUUGUGCGAGUACCAUGUUACCGCCUUCGCCUCCUGAUGAAACGGACGUGGACUUAAAUGUGGAUGCUGAAAGGGAGACUGGGAUUGUGGAGAGGAAAAAAGAAUUUGGAAGUGAUGCGGAAAUGUUGGUAAGAGCUCUAUGUGCGGAAAGAGGAUGGAAUGCAUUGAUCAGUAGGAGGAGGAGAAGUUGUUUAGCCUGUGCAAUUAGAGAGGCGGGGGCAAUAGGAUGGGGGGUCGUGAUUAGAGUUUAAGUGUGAUCAACUGAAGGAAGCGGGUCGAUUUGGAGAUUUGAAACAGGGAAAGGAUGUGUGUUUGUGGAUAUGUGAUAUGAAGAGAUACAGAGAGAAGGAAGUGGAUGGAUGGCUAUACGAUUCAUGAUGUCAUGAACAGUGUGUUUUGUUUUUACGAAUCGUUAUGUUUUAUUGAAGCGUUAUGUUAAGUGAUACCCGCCUUUUGGCACGAGGCAGUUAGUUAAUAGUAAUUCAUGAAAUAAUGGAUAUGUGUGGGUUUUA